AUGGAGGUCAUUAGCAAAAAUUCAGCACUACUUUCAAACUAUGAGGUGCUCGCGCUGCUCCGCGAGUUGGAGUCGGAGCAACUUGCGAAAGCGCGUUCUCACUUGGCCGCAAAAAAGGAAGAAGAAGGUGCUGCUCUGAGCGGUCACCCUAUCCCACCGGUCGCUGGCAAUCCAAUCCAAGACGAGGUUCCGCAGAAUUUGCGCACCAUCGAGGUCGAGCUUAUUUCCCACUUGAGAGAUAUGUAUCCUCUCAUGCAGAGGCAGAACGAUGUUGCCAUCCGUAAUCUCACCCGAUCCCUGGGCAAAUUUUCUCUCACCAAAAGCGAAAAACUUCAAAUCGUUAAUUUGGCACCUCGCCAAUUGGUCGAACUCUAUGUGAUUGUCGAAAACUUGGAAGAUAGAUUCAGCGAUGAAGAACUAACCGAAAUGCUGCAAUUGGUCGAACAGUCGUUUUUAAUUGCACCUGUCUCCGCCUUGGAAGAAAAUCAAACGGCACAAGCUCCGGUGGUGGAAGAGAGCAACGAGGGCGAUGCGAUGGAAAAUUACUUUGUUCAUGAAGCUCCAGGAGGCCAAGAUGAUCUUGAAAUGGACGAUACGGAGGAAUAA